GAUAGAUAGAUAGAUAGAUAGAUAGAUAGAUAGAUAGAUAGAUAGAUAGAUAGAUAUUCUUGAGGUAACGCCGUUGGCGCUUGUAGAGCUCUGCGCAUGCGUGACAUGAAGUCGGCACUGUCUUGACCGACACGUGAGACAUCUAGGCAUGUAAAUGCCAUCCAGGAUCCCCCUUAAUGUCCCCCAUGUCCUACUUAUAUAACAUUCAUGUGCUGAAAUAAGACCCCAGACUCUAUGUGAACAAACUUUCCUCCGCAGUGCACAAGUGUACACCUUUAAGCCCGCGGAGAGUGCACCGAGUUCAUGUGUCCGUGAAGGCGCACGAUUCGCCCGAGCGCCCGGCCGCUGACAGUUCGUUCGCCCCGUUCGCUCCAGCCGAACAAUGCACCGAGAGUGAGCCGACGGCUCCAAAAUGUCUGUGUCUUUAAAACAGAAGUCUACACGGAGUGGUGCAUGAUGUCAGCCCGCUCGCAAUCCGUGUGCUGCCCGCGUGAGAGCCGCAUUCCACUUCCUGCACAGGGACAGGAGCGGGCAGAGAAAGAGAGAGUGGGAUAGCGAGAUGGGGCACGAGCGGCCAAGACAGGACUAAAGUAACAGAGUGAGCCAUCGGACGAGGACGAGAGAGGAACCCGGGCCUGCUUCAAGUAAAGAAUCAUUUCAGAUUCAUAAAGAGUUAUCCGCAAAAGAAAGCCUGCCACCUCUGCGCCAAGCCGACUGCUUCAUUCUAUGGAAUAGCGACGUAUCGGAUGCCUCUCUCGGUGGCAGAGACUGCAGUGAAUAUUUAAACGCCUCUUCUCCGUGGCCAACAUGUCCCAGCUGCUCCACGUGGAGAUCCCGAACUUUGGAGCCACAGUUCUGGGUUCCCUCAAUGAGCAGCGCCUGCAGGGACAAUACUGUGAUGUAUCCAUACUGGUUAAAGGUCAGGCGUUUAAAGCCCACAGGGCGGUUCUGGCUGCCAGCAGCCUCUACUUUCGUGACCUCUUCAGCAGCUCAACCAAGACCCAGUUUGAGUUGCCUUCCUCAGUCACGCCUGCUUGCUUUGAGCAGAUCCUUGGGUUUUGCUACACGGGGAAGCUAACGAUGGCAGCCAGUGAACAGCUGGUUGUCAUGUACACAGCUGGCUACCUCCAGAUUCAGCACAUAGUUGAAAGGGGCAUGGACCUAAUGUUCAAGGCUAACUCGCCUCACUGUGACUCGCAAACUGCAGGGUCCUUAGAAGAAAUGGGGUCUGAGCCUCAGAGCCCUCUUAAUAAUGGGAAUGGCCUAUCUGUGGCCACCAUUCUGGGAUCCUCGGGCUGGUCUACUUCAUCCCUCCUCAUCCAGCAGCGUAAGAUUAAACUUGAGGGCAGCGAACCGACGCCGAUCUCAACACCCUUGACGCAAAGCAAAAUUUCCACGUCGGAGCUGGGGAGUCGACUGGCAAGGGCCAGUGCGCUCUUCUAUUCAGCAUCUGGAGGGACCCCCAUCCCUGGCGUGCCUUCUGUCUACCUUCAAGGGACCAGUGGAGGUGGAGCAGGAGGUGGGGCGGGGGGAGGGACGGGUGCAGAGAGGUCCAGCCCUGGAGAGUCCAGCUUGCCUACCACCGACAGUCCCACAUCCUAUCAGAACGAGGAUGAGGAGUUUGAGGAGGAGCCAUACGACGGAAUCGCAGAGGAGGGCUACAGUCACAUCUAUGGACGCUCGGCUAGCUCCUACGGAAUCCAAGACAAGCCGGAGAUGGCAGCCAUACCCUUGUCCUUAGAGAGUCGUAACUGCGUCCUGAUCCGGAGAGACCUGGUAGCUCUUCCUGCGAGUCUCAUAAGCCAGAUUGGCUACCGCUGCCACCCUAAGCUCUACACUGAAGGGGACCCAGGAGAGAAGCUGGAGCUGGUAGCUGGCACCCAGGUGUUUAUGACCAGAGGCCAGCUGAUGAACUGUCAUCUGUGUGCCGGCAUCAAACACAAAGUCCUGCUCCGCCGUCUUCUAGCCACGUUUUUUGACAGAAACACUCUAGCGAACAGCUGUGGGACAGGCAUACGUUCUUCUACCAGUGAUCCCAGUAGGAAACCUCUGGACAGCAGGGUCCUCAACGCUGUCAAACUCUACUGUCAGAAUUUCAACCCCAACUUCAAGGAGAGUGAAAUGAAUGUGAUUGCUGCUGACAUGUGCACAAAUGCGAGACGGGUCCGCAAGAGAUGGCUGCCCAAGAUCAAGUCCAUGUUGCCUGAUGGCAUGGAGGUGUACCGGGCGGGGAUGGGCAUGGGUGCUGGCGUGGGUCUGAGCCUGGCUCUGGGUGCCCCUCAGUCCGGCGUGCCUCUCCCGUUUGAGCAUGACUUCAAGGCCCUAGAGCAACGGCUGUACCUGGAACGCAAGGACCCCCUUAGGACUGACCCGCCGCUGACAGAAGGCAGCCCCGGUUCCAGGGGAGCCGACGCAGAGGCAGAAGGUGAAGCUGCAGUUCGGGAGGAGCAGGAGGAAGAUGAGGAUGAAUCUGGGUUGGAGGGGGUAGACGGAUCGCUGGGGGGACCCCUGAUAGUCACUGCGGGCGACAGAGGCAUCACAUCGCCUAAGCAGGAAGUGGAAAGUUUUGAACACGGACUGAGGGUGAACGGACAGUGAAUGUUCCUCAUAUUGUGAAAUCCGUUUAACCCACACAUCUUCUCUCUCUCUCUCUUUAACUCCAGCAUCUCAUCCACCACCCUUUCUCCUCCUCCUCUGUGCUUCCUCAACAGGAGUUUUCCAGCACAAAAAGCAGCACUCGUAAAUCUUAUUACACGGAAAUUUGCCACGCAUGCAUGCGCUCGUGUACUCACGUACAAGCGGAACACUGAUGGCAGAGGUACACACAGGCAUGGCAUUAGCUCAUUCAGAGAAUCUGCCCCAGUCAAAUCCACCCCUACUCUCUCUUUUAUUAUAUUAAGUAUGCACUCAGUAUUUGGGUUCCUGCAGAUAUGUAACAAAGACCUCAUAGCAGAACAACUGGCUGUAAUGAUUCAUCUUAUCCGUGCAAUACAAAAGCUACAGCUGCUUGGCUGGCUGUGUGUGUAAUGGUUUGUAAAACGACUCAAUUUAUUUGUUGUUGGUUUUUUGGGGAGGGAAGGUUCAUCUGAAAACAACCAGACAAUUGGGAAACCUAGCUUAGAGAAACCGCUAACAGGAGCCACGUUUAAGAAGUUUGUCUACAGUCCUGUUUAUGGAUUACUAUUAUAAUUGGCGGUGACGCCAUAAAAGGUCAUGUGCUGUGACAAAACCAUCUAACAACCAGCAUGUCACCUUUAUGAUGAAAAUUACAGAAUGUAAUGUGACAAACUUUCCCCCAGAAUGCCAAAACAAACUCAGAUUUCCAAAUGCAUUCAACAGCCCCUCCUAACAUCACACACAUGCUGCUAAACACACACAAAAAUGCAUAUUUUUUAUCAUUACAAGCCAUUAAAAUCCGUUUUCAGAGUUGCAUUUGAAUUCUGAAUUUAAAAAAAGAGCAUUUUUAUUGCAUCAAACUGUCUUGGAGAUGCAGAAUAAUAACAUGUACUAACGUUGAGGCUUGCAUGCAUAACUGCAAAUGGUGGAUAGAGAAAUACAGAAAACUACAGCAAAGCCACAGUCAUGCAUCCAAAUAAGAAAACCGCUACUGUUGCCUGGAACCGUGCCAUUAAAACCAGGAGGAUUUCUCCUUUUUUACUGGAAUCUUGAAUCCAAACAUUAGAACUGGCCUUGGGUGCAGCCUGGGAUUUUCAGAGAUUCCUGUAUGUUAGCUAUGGAGUUGUCACUUUUAAAAAAAUAAGGAGGUUGAAUCUGGCGUAGAAAGAAGAAGUGCACUACACUGAUGGUGGUGUGAGACUACACAAUCCUGCUUCCACCCUGUUUCUUUUCUUUCUUUUUCCUUGUGGGGGAAAUGGGUGGGUAAAUUAUUAGAACUUUAAAGAGCAAAGUUAUGCUGGCUUUGGUGCUUUUUGCACUCAAGAAGAGUUAAAAGUGGACUAAAUGGACCUGCAAAAGACUGCAAAUUAGCACCACAUCACCCCUGAUUACAAACCUAAUCAGGCAUUCUGUGGGCUUGGAUAGAAACAACGGGUCUCUCUGACAAUGACUGUUUUUGUGUGUUUUGAUGGGGGAGUAAGGGCCAUACAUUCGUCAUGCUCAUUAUUCUUUUUUUGUUUUUCGUUGUUAGUUUUCAUGCUUGUUGCCUUUUACACAACAGUCCCUACUGCCUCUUUCUUUUCUGUCCUGUGCAUUUUUAUCUAAAGCUGUCGAAUGUUCUUUGCGUUUCGUAGGCUCCAAUUAGCAGCGAAAGCAAAUCUAAUCACAAGAGCAGACCGUUAAUUCCAGUGAAAGAACUGGGAGCCUUUUUUUUUCUUUUAUAGUUUGGAAAUGUCAUCCAAAAAGUGAUUGGGAAAAAGUGUAUUCUUUAUUUUUAUUAGCCGCAGAAGUGAUUGCACGAGGAGAUUAAGGAUUAAAAAUGGCACCUGUAUAUUCUCCCCUGUACAUUUUUAUUUUUCUCGUGUUCUGUGAUGUGCCACUUUACCGGUUGGGCCAGGUAUUUCCUGUUGUCUAUCCUCCAGUUGUCUUUAGAGUUAGCUUUAAAUGGCCCUGCGCAAGAAACACAAGGUCAUGAUUGCACUAGGUGAUGUGGAUGACGUUUACAUUGUUUUUUGUCUUUCCUGGAAGAGAUGUGAUCUGCCACACAUAAACCAGGGUUGUGAUAGAACAGCCAAGUUAAUGGAUGAAUGUAAACCGUAGCACUGCGUUGGUGAGGGUCUUGAAUUUUUCUUUAAAAAAAUAAUGUAAAUUAUUAUUUUUUCCUCAUGUGUGGAUUAAUCUUUUACACAAAUUAUAAACUUAAAAAAAUACUGACAUAAAGGCUGGACGGUGUCCUCUAGAACAACAGAGAUUUUUAAACACCAAUGGGUCUUCCACUGUAGAACAUUUAACUAAAAGAGUUCAAAAAUAAGCUAAACUGUGGGAAUUUAUCCCUCUAUUGUUUAUUUUAUAAUAAUAAUCCCAAAAGGAGGUUUUAAUAUUGAAAAGUCAAGUAAAUAAAAUAAUUAAUUCUUUAUCAUUGUUUAUUCCACCUUAAUUGCUCCUAAAUGGAAAUAAAAGUCUACUGGAUCCAGUGUUUUAAUUACUGAUUUAUUCAUUUUUUUAAUGCAUUUUGAAUUUUCAACAAAUUUACUUUUCAAAAUUAUGUAAAAAGAAAAAGUUUUCUACUUUAAAACUCCGCCAGUUAAAUCAAAUCCUCAUUAAAUUGAUCGGUGAGCACAGAAGAUGCAGCAAAUCCCUUCAGAUUGAAUCAACUUUAGGUUUUGAUUGUUGAUCAGAUCUUUUCACAACAAUAUAAUUGCUAAAUGUAUAAGAAUUCUAGGUUCACUUUACGAUCGAGGUGUUUGGGAACGAUAACGGGUUGGAAAAUGUGGUAUUUUCCACCAUAGUGUGGAGCAGUGCCUUAGACUGUGGAUGUGUGCCAUAAUUAUCCUACUGAUAUAAACUAAAUCAAAGACCUGUUGUAUAUUAAUCAAUGUAAACUUUAGUCCUUAUUAAAAUUCAUGUUUGAGAUUGUAAAAGGGAUUCUUAUCUGUGAGCUUCACUACUUUAUAUUCCGUUGGUUUGUUGGAAACCACUCGGGUGUGUGUUUGAUCUUUAACCCUAUCAGACCAAACUCAUUAGGAGAUUUAAUUCAGCCAAUAUUUGAUGUUGAAUUAAAACCGGCACCUUAUUGGAGAACAUUGCAUUAAAAGCGAGAUCCACCACUUGAAUAGAAAUGUUUGAAUAAAAUUCGACAUCGAUUCUAGUCGAACCAGUUCACCCUCUUGAACGCGUCUUCCUCGUUAAACAUGAGCUUCAACCAGCGCGUCUAGCUAGUUUUUUUAGGUGCUUUGGGUCUUUUCUUUCCCCUACGCAGGGUAAAUGGAGUGAUGUUGCACUAUAAGCUGAGAACUUCUCAGAGAAUGUCAUGGCUGACCGUUUGGGGGAAGGAGCUCCAUCUGAGGGUGGCUGCUGAACGCUAAAGUAAAGUUCUGAUUUGACACACUGACUGGAGUCAAACUAGUAUAUCAUUUACUGUAAGCUGAAAACAGGAGAUAAGGCCGGGUUGGUUGGUUGUAAAGAAACAUUUGUCACCAACAUUUUGUUCCAGCUAACUUCGUAACUCUUCACAAACCUGACAUAGGGCUCAGCUUAUCCCUCAUUACUGUAAAAAUAAACGGGCACUGUAUUUAUUUUUCUUCCGAGCACCUGAGAACUAUACAUUGAUAUGCAAAGUGACACUUGCAUCAUAAAGUGCAUGCCAUUCAGAUGAUCACCCUAACCCGAAGAAACCUCUGAUCUUUAUGCACCAUGUAUUUUAUGCUGAAUAACUGUUGUCACUGUUAACUAGCAACGACUGGGGAGUCUUGCAGCAAGCGUGUGUGUGUGUGUGUGUUUCUCACACACUCCGGCCUUUCAUUGAAUGUUUGCAUAAAGUGUAAUCUCUUGUAUAAUUGACAGCAAAGUACUGAUUAGGAGUGGAAUACACACAGACUAACUACCCAGUUGAGUGUGCGUUUAAAUAUUUUGCAGACUCAGAAAAAAAUGCACUAAAGGUUUAUAUGUGUAUGUGUGAAAUUGAACAUAAAGCCAGCACUUUACUUGGAAAUUGAAAGAAAAGUGUAAAAAAUAAGUCAAGAGUGUCCAAGGAUACGGGCAAAAGAGGAGUAAAUGCAAUUUUUAAAGCCAUGUGUUCAGAGCGCUGACAAUCAGAAAAGGGAUGAGGCCCGCGGUGCACUAUUGGAGUUGUGACAUGACUUGCUGUGCUCUUGCUUUUUUUGCUUUGUCCUUCUCUAGCUUGCUUCGAUCUAUGCUAGCUUGCUUUCCCCAGAACAGAAGGACGUGGAUAUAAUGAGUGUGUGUUACUGCAACAAGAACGGACUAAAAUCUUGGUGCUUCAUGAACAGUCACCCCAUGUUGACACGGGCCACAUCUGUCAUGCAAGAGUGGGCCAGUCUUGGCCUGAAGUCUGAACUCCUACCUAACUUGAUAAUGGACGUCAGUGCACAAGCUGACAAAAGGAUCCGAUCAUGCAACUGUAAACUCCGAUCACUGUAUUGUUCUUCACAAUCAGCAGUGCCUGGCCCCGGAAAUCCUGGAUGUUGUUUCUGCUUUCUAAAAGAAUAAAAUGUUAAAAUGUUCAUGCGCCUUCUGGCUCAAGCAUGAAUACUAUAUAAUGGAAAUGCAAGAUGCCACUUUUGAUGUUACAUAAGAAUCUUAUCUUUCAUUCCUACCAUCAUCUCUGCCAUUAUCAGUUUUAAGUUAUGUAGUCGCAGAGGAGUACCUGAUUUGUUUAAAUGCAAAACAGAAAAUUCAGCUUUCUAAUAAAAGUCCUUACUUCACC